GCGCUUCUCCCGCCCCCGGUCCCUCGCCCUGGGGACAGCUGGCAGCCUAGCGCGGGACUAGACACAAAGCGGAUCAGCCUGGGGGCGGGGGCCGACCUGCAGGGCUUUCCCUCAGGAAGCCAGUCCUCUGCCGCCACUCGCUUAGGACCCUGCGGACACCGCGUCCCGCGUCCACGCCCUCCCCUCAACCCUCUUCCACCCUUCAAAAGAAGGACCGUCCCAGACUCCACGUCCUAGGGCCAGAAGACCUGCCCCAAGACAGCCGCUGGAGACACCCCAGACCAGAGAGACUGACAUCGCGACAGGACCCGCCCCUCUGCUUCCACCUCUCAGGGACCUCCUCUGCUCCGCCGCCCCGCGAAGUGCUGGGGGACCCAGCCUCCUGACACACUCCUGCGAGAGGGGACCCUCGGCUAGGCAGCCAGCUGGCGCCCGCGUAGAUGGCGAGGAGCCCCCAAGGCCUCCUGAUGCUGCUGCUGCUGCACUACUUGAUGGUCGCCCUGGACUAUCAUAAGGCAAAUGGAUUUUCUGCAUCAAAAGACCACCGACAAGAAGUUACAGUAAUAGAAUACCAAGAGGCUAUUUUAGCUUGUAAAACCCCAAAGAAGACCACUUCAUCCAGACUGGAGUGGAAGAAGUUGGGUCAGGGUGUUUCCUUGGUCUACUAUCAACAGGCUCUCCAAGGUGACUUUAAAGACCGUGCUGAGAUGAUAGAUUUCAAUAUACGAAUCAAAAAUGUUACAAGGCAUGAUGCUGGAGAGUAUCGCUGUGAAGUCAGUGCUCCAACUGAGCAAGGCCAGAACCUGCAGGAAGAUACGGUCAUGCUAGAAGUACUGGUGGCUCCUGCUGUUCCUUCAUGUGAAGUACCCACUUCUGUCAUGAGUGGAAGUGUUGUAGAGCUACGAUGUCAAGAUAAAGAAGGAAAUCCAGCCCCUGAGUACAUAUGGUUCAAAGAUGGCACCAGUUUGCUAGGGAAUCCAAAAGGUGGCAUACACAACAACAGCUCAUACACAAUGAAUACAAAAUCUGGAAUUCUGCAAUUCAACAUGAUUUCCAAGAUGGACAGUGGAGAGUAUUACUGCGAAGCCCGGAACUCUGUUGGACAUCGCAGGUGCCCUGGGAAACGAAUGCAAGUAGAUGUUCUCAACGUAAGUGGCAUCAUAGCAGCUGUUGUUGUGGUGGCCUUCGUGAUUUCUAUAUGUGGCCUUAGUGUAUGCUAUGCUCAGAGAAAAGGCUACUUUUCAAAAGAAACUUCCUUCCAGAAGGGUAGUCCUGCAUCUAAAGCCACUACAAUGAGCGAAAAUGAUUUCAAGCACACAAAAUCCUUUAUAAUUUAAAAGAAUUCCAUUUUUGAGAAGCACCAAACCACAGUUGUCACACAAGUUAUUACAAUAUUAUAAAAUUCUACUUUGUCUUACAUUUGCAAAGAGAUGGAUGAAGAAAUGAAAGUGGGAAUUCAUCAUAAUUUUUAUGAUCUCUAACUCACAAGAAAUAUUUUAAGCAAAAUGUUGUCAUCACUAUAAAAUACAAUCUGCCAUCUUGUGUCUGACUGGCCUAAAGUGAAAUGUCUGGUAAUAUUCUGAGCUUUUGAAAUGCAAAUGAAUGUCAUUUUUGGAGUUGACUAUUAUACUGACUGUAAAGCUAAUCCAAGAGGCAAGGAUACACUCUUAUGUGCUCUCUCUGUGCAAGAAUGGCUUAUGUGUUCAAGACAUGCUCUAACGAAUGGAAACUGUUGGAAAAGUUCUGACCAGAAUCCUCUUCUUACCUCUAAAUAAUCUGGGUUCCACUGUCCUAUAUCUCUGUAUCUCCAUAAGGGAAUCGCAGGGCUGGGUCUUACAUCUAAGGGUUUGCACUUUAUAUUUUCUUUCACUUCUCAGAACCAAAAGCAACAAGAAGGCAGCUGCUAUUGCCAUUUCCUUAGAGGCUUCUGAGAAGCUCAGUGACCUGGACAUCAGAAUGCACUACUAGAACCUACACAACUCCACAAACGCCUUUCUGUGCUUGAGUGGUGACCUUUUAUCUGUCUCUAAAAGCAAUUCUGAACUGGGUUAGUUUCUCCCUGGUGAAGAUAAUCUGCUUAUGAUGGAAUAGGGGCCCAGGGGAAAGAAUCAUUUGCCCCAUAAGUAAAAGGUAGAUGAACUCCUGAUCUAGCUAAGUCACAGGAGAAACCAUGGUUGGAAUGAGAUGGGUCUAAUGUCUCUGAACUGGUUAUCCACAAAGGCCAUCAACCAGCUAGUGUCAGAAUAUGAAAUUCACAGGGCUCAACCAGUCCUGUUGGGGACUGGUUUACCCAUAUUUAAAAAAAAAAAAUUGCAACUGAGGAUGUCUAGUUCUGGGUAAAUAAGCAUGAAAGGUCAUUUACUCCCUUUAUCAGCUUUGAACAUGGUCAAGUUGGCUUUCAACCUAAAAGGCAAGGCAGCUUCUCAGGAUAAGCAGAUGGGGUAAGUGGUUAGUGAAUAUCUGGUAGUGAUCUGGUCACGGGGUUGAUGCCCACUGCCAUACUGCUCCCCUUUAACUUUGUGGCCUUGAAUCCUUCCUAAUCAGUACACACAUUCCCAAAAGGCUGACGUGUGUAAAAUGGCUCAGCCCUCAAGGUCAGAUUCACUUAUUGAGGCAGCAAGCUACAAAGAACAAGACACUACAUAAUUCAACCCACACGGUUCUUGUUACAACCACUCAAUGUAGAGUACCAGUGUGUCGGUGACAUAGAUGGGAUUUUCCCACAGAACCAAGCUCCUCGCUCCUUUGUCAAACGACAAAGAAAUCAGGGUAAACGUUGCGUAUGCUGUGACUGUGAGAUUUGCUUUGGUAGGAGGAAUGUUAUCUUUCUGCAGUGCCAAGCAGACAUACAACUCUCAAGGAUGCCUCUUCAGGCCCACAUAGCAUCAUAAGGUCGACUGCAUCAACUUCAAUGACAAAUCCACAUCGUGAGAGGACAACUACGUAGUGCCUUACCUUCACUAAUAGAUGAAAAGCUUCCUUUUAAGACACUGAAGCCUAAAGGUUCAUUUUAUGCAGUGUAAACAUCUAACAAAGUCUGUGCCAAACACUAAACUACAUAUACAGCUACGCAGAAACCACUGUAUCAAGAAUGCUUUCUUUUACACAAAGGACCUAACUGCACACUAUCCUAGUUAUUAAGUCUACCUGGGAGUCACUGCCAUGAAGACUUGCCCAUCUGCUGUUUUCUGAGACUUGAACUCUAACAUUGGGUCAAAUUCUAAUUGUAGUUUCUAGAACAUGGUUUUUUUUCCAGUCAGAGUGUAAUAAGGGUCUAGAAACUAUGAGAGUAAGUUUUGUUUUAGUAUUGUCGCUGUUGUAACUAGAGUAAACUUCUUUUUGCUGGGAUAGGGGUUAACUUAGCUAAGUCUGGAUGUUUAUUUUUCAAUACAACUUUACAAAGAACUUCCUUCAUUCUGUAACUCAUUUUGUUUGACUAAAGUUCACGAUACAAAAAUAGCAAUGCACAGCUCAACUUUUAGUCCCAUUCAACAGGGGGAAGUCACUCACCUAUUGUUCAGUAAAACCCAGGAAACUCCUCCCUCCCUUGCACCUGCAGCUGUGAGGCAGCUCUACAGAUUAAAAUCAAAGUCUCACUUGUCUCUCAGCUUGGAUACCUACCAACUUCUAAAGUCAGAAAACAAAAAGGGUCAACUACUUAAUGGAUGUUUUGUGUAUGGCAGAAGUUGGGAUUAAAAAAUCUCAUUCCUCUUCCAAGACAUUAUGAAGAGGAGCACUGCUCGGGUUUCCAGUGCUGUUACUGGAGCUGUUGGGGUCUGUAUGAACACAUCCACCUGAUCCACCUCACACUUCUUCUUCACUCACCCUCACCCACCUGGUCCCAAACUUAGCUUUAUCAAACUUUAGCAUUUAAAAACAAAAAGAUGCAACAGAAUUUUGUACACAACCAACCCAGAACCCAUUUUCGUUUGUUGCCAUAUUAUUCAGCAAACUAUGACAAACUGCUUGCCUUUACAAUUUAUUCUGGCCUUUUGGAUACAUUUGUAAUACUUCUCUUGGACAUUAGUCCUCAUUACAAGCUAUGGAAAUCCUAUUUACUCCUGACAGACAAGUCAAAUUCAACCCUCUGUGGGACAGCCUUCUCCCAUUUUCCAGCUAUAAGUUCUGUCUCUGAAUUCUGAUGGCAUUUGAUUAUUUUGUGAUAUUUAUUGAUUUCUGUGUUACAGUAUAGGUAGGUAUGUAUAUGUCUGACAUCUCUACCAAGCUGAAACCCUGAGAAAAGACCAAUGUUGUACAAGUCUUCAUAAACCUUAAGGUAUUUAAUAGUAUCUGAAAAUGCUGAAUACCUGUGAAGCACAAAGAAUGAUUCAAUAUAAGCAUCUACUUAGAAUAUUAAUAAAACAUUGUAUUCUGAUACAACU